AUGUUGUGGUCCGACUACUCGGACGUCCCGACCGACGACGGGCGCAGAUGCCAGGUCGUUGGCUGCCACAAGAAGCACGCCUACAGCAAGAACGAAGUCGGCCAGAGGAUCUACUCAAAAUACUGCUCGGACCACACUUGCGCCAAGAGGUACCCCGAAGAGGAUGGCUACCACUGCGCCACGCCGAGAGCCCGGGGUGAGAGGUACUGCCCCGACCACUUGAAAUGCGGCGAGCCCGGCUGCGAGGCAAUGGGCGAGUUCGUUGGGACACGCGACUACAUCCGGUGGUUCUGCAUCAGGCACCGCUGCUCCGCCCCCGACUGCCGGCUCCGCGCGUCCGACAAGCAACAACGGCGCUGCGCAUCCCACUUCAUGUCCUGCACCGUUCCCGGCUGCACCCGCCCGGCCCACCUUCACCGCUCGGGCCGCCUCGACCUGGUCUGCGCCGUCCACUACGAUACGCACCGCUGCCUGGUCGCCGACUGCACCCGCUGGGCGAGCAGCAGCGCGCGCUACUGCCCCUCCCACAAGUGCGCCGUGCCCGACUGCUCCGCCGCCCGCCGCUCGCUGUCCGUCCCAAACGGAGGCGGCGCCUGCCUCAGACACCUCUGCACAACCCCCUACUGCACCAACCCGGUCCUCUACCCCAACCGCGCCCGCUCGGUGCACUGCGCGCUGCACACGUGCAAAACCGCAUCCUGCGUCAACCCGCGCGCUGCGUCGUCGUCGUCGUCCUCCGGCGGAAUCACAAGUGACUUCUGCCUUAGCCACACAUGCCUGACGCCCGGGUGCCGCGCCGAGGCGCGCUUCGCGGGCAGCCACUGCGAGCGGCACGUCUGUGUCGUGGCCGGGUGUGCCAACCCGCGGCUGAGUGCUGUCCCGUCGAGCACGCUGGGCGUGGGGCUCGAUCGCGAGCGGUGUGCGUCGCACACGAGCAGGAGGGAGAGGAGGGCGGCGUCGCUCGAUGUGGAUGGUUUUGGGAUGGAUUGGGAGGGGCUGAGGGGCCGGUUCGGGGGAAGCGGGGAGAGGGAAAUGGACAGGGAGAGAAAGAGGUUGAGUGAUGAUUUGGAGAGGCUUAGGAGGAGGGAGCGGGAGCUGGAGGCUGAGAGGUGGUGGGCGGCUGAUCGGUCGAGGGAAGCUGGCCUGGUUGCGGACGAGGAUUUGCCAGAGCCGGAAAGGGAAGGGAUCGAGAGGAUACAGAGGGAUUUAGAUUCUUGGAAGUGGAGGUAUUCUUAG